AUGAUGGAGGUAGUGCAAGGAUCUGCAGGGAGACCCCAGCUGAUGCCCUUGGGGGCUGGGGUCAUUGCUCUUCUGUUGACAGUUAUGGCCAUGUGCUGCCUGCCCUCCCUGAUGGAUUACUGGAGACGAUGGCGCAUGAUGAAGCUGAUCCCGGGUAUCAGCCCCUGUUAUCCUGUGCUGGGAAACGCUCUACUUUUGGAGCCAGAUGGAGAAGGAUUCUUUAAGCAACUACAAUUUUAUGUUGAGGAGUACAGGAAUCGUCCAUUGUUUAAACUUUGGAUAGGACCAUUGCCUGUUAUGAUUUUGUAUCACCCUGACAGUGUGGAGGUUAUUCUGAGCAGUUCAAAGCAUAUAGAAAAAUCAUACCUGUACAAAUUCCUGGAACCAUGGCUGGGCACGGGACUUCUGACGAGCACUGGAGACAAGUGGCGGUCACGGAGGAAGAUGAUAACUCCCACAUUUCACUUUGAAAUCUUGAAUGACUUUUUAGAGGUUAUGAAUGAACAAGGAAGCAUUUUGGUGGAGAAACUUGAGAAGCAUGUCGACAAAGAGCCAUUUAAUGUCUUUCUGGAUGUCACUCUGUGUGCCCUUGAUAUCAUCUGUGAAACAGCAAUGGGCAAGAAUGUGGAUGCUCAGAAGAACAAGGAUUCUGACUAUGUUCGUGCUAUCUAUAGGAUGGGUGAUUUAAUCCAACAGCGACAGAAGAGCCCUUGGUUUUGGCCUGAUCUUGUAUAUAUGCUGUUCAAGGAAGGAAGAGAGCACAAGAGGAACCUCCAAAUCCUUCACAAUUUUACAGAUAAAGUCAUUGCAGAAAAAGCUGCAGAACUCAAAAACACUAAGCAAAAUAAACAUGGUAAUGAUGGCAACUGUGAAGAAAGUGGCUUCAAAAAGAGAAAAGCAUUCCUUGACAUGCUGCUGAGUGCAACAGAUGAUGAAGGGAACAAAUUGAGCUACCGGGACAUUCGUGAGGAAGUAGAUACUUUCAUGUUUGAGGGUCAUGAUACAACAGCAGCUGCUAUGAACUGGGUCCUGUACUUGCUUGGACAUAAUCCUGAAGUCCAGAAGAAGGUUCACAGAGAAUUAGAUGAGGUGUUUGACAACACUGAGCGUCCUGUUACAGCAGAUGAUUUGAAGAAGCUUCGAUACCUUGAGUGUGUUGUGAAAGAAGCUCUUCGGCUCUUCCCUUCAGUUCCUAUGUUUGCCCGUGCUUUGAGAGAGGAUUGCUGUAUUAAUGGAUAUCAGGUGCCAAAAGGCACAAAUGUUCUUGUUAUAACUUAUGCCCUUCAUCGAAACCCUGAGAUCUUCCCUGACCCGGAGGAGUUCAAGCCUGAGCGAUUCCUCCCUGAAAAUUCUAAAGGAAGGCACCCAUAUGCUUACGUGCCCUUCUCAGCUGGUCCCAGGAACUGCAUUGGUCAGCGCUUUGCACAAAUGGAGGAGAAAACUCUUCUAGCCCUCAUCCUGCGGCGCUUUUGGGUGGAGUCAUGUCAAAAGGCAGAAGAGCUUGGCAUAGCUGGAGAAUUGAUUCUUCGUCCAAAUAAUGGCAUCUGGAUUAAGCUGAAGAGGAGACCAAAUGCUGAAUCAGAAUGAAAGGAAUUUCAAGUUUAUUUCCCAAAACUUUCAUGAUAUUUAGGCUGAGAUAUAUUUUUAAAUCAGAU